AUGGGUUUUGCCAAGACCGUAGCUGUGGUGAGCUUGACACUGGUUCUGGCUUAUGCGAUCCGCCGGCUGGCUGACUCCCGCCAGGCGACCAUCCAUGUCGUACGCAAGGGCGACGAGGUGGGCCAGGUCGUCACCACCCGCCUCAACUCGUUCCGCUCCGUCAUCGACGCUGGCGACUUUGAUGGUUAUCGCAAUCACGUGCUGCGGGUCCUUAGCUACGCGCUGCACUUUCUCGGCGGGCACGGCCGCGUCGAUGCGCGAACCUCGGAGCUGGCCGCCAUCGCGCUUGUCUACCACGACAUCGGCCUGUGGACCGACGCCCGCCUCGACUACGUCGUCCCCUCGGGCCAUCGCGCUGCCGACGAGCUUGAGGGCGAACUGACCGAGGACGAGCUGGCCAUGGUUGUCGACGCCAUUGUGUAUCACCACAAGAUCACUCCGUUUGACGGCAAGGAUGAGGCGCUCGAUCCGGAGCACGUCGCCUUUGUCGACGCCAUCCGCAAGGCUGACUGGAUCGACGCCACCAUGGGCACAGUUCACCACGGCAUGGCCCGCGCAGACAUUGACCGCGUUUACGCCGUCCACCCACCGGCAGGCUUCUACACCACGCUUGCAGCGAUCGGCCCGCGGCUGUAUGGCUACAACGUUCCGCGCAUUAUGUGGGAGCUGGCCCAGAUCGUGUACCUCUAG